AUGGAGAGCAGCAGGCUUUCCCAGGAGCACCAGCACCAGUGGUGCAAACAGCUUCAAUGCCAAGUUGCCCCAGCGCCCAGGAAGAAGCUGGUGCGCGUUAAAGUCGUGAAGAAGAAGGUGGUGAAGAAGAAGCCGAAGGCUCCGGCCAAGGAGGCGGCUGCUCCACGGGAGCCUCCCUCCAGCGACAAGCGCUACGGCCUGGGCGCCCACCGCGGGCGCCUCAACAUCCAGUCGGGGCUCUACGAUGGGGACUUCUACGACGGUGGCUGGGGUGCAGGGCAGGAGGACACGAACCCGAACAACAUCUACGCCUGGGACAGCCAGCCCCUGCCCACCGACAAGCUGGAUUUCCGCCAUCACAACUACAAGGAGAUGAGAAAGCUGAUGAAGCGGGUGAACGAUGAGUGCCCCGAUAUCACCCGUGUUUACAGCAUCGGGAAGAGCUACCUGGGCCUCAAGAUGUACGUCAUGGAGAUCUCUGACAACCCCGGGCAGCACGAAGUGGGCGAGCCGGAGUUCCGCUACGUGGCGGGGAUGCACGGCAAUGAGGUGCUGGGCCGGGAGCUGCUGCUCAACCUGAUGGAGUACCUGUGCCGGGAGUUUCGGCUGGGCAACCCCCGCGUGGUGCAGCUGGUCACUGAGACCCGCAUCCACCUCCUGCCCUCCAUGAACCCCGACGGCUACGAGACUGCCUACAAGCUGGGCUCGGAGCUGUCAGGUUGGGCCAUGGGUCGCUGGACCUACGAGGGCAUCGACCUCAACCACAACUUCGCUGACCUCAACACGGCGCUGUGGGACGCUGAGGACAACGACCUGGUGCCCCAUGAGUUCCCCAACCACUACAUCCCCAUCCCUGAGUAUUACACCUUCGCCAACGCCACGGUGAGUCUAGGCGGGGACAGGAGCCUUUCCUCCAACCUGGAGCGCCCCCCCCCCGCCGACGAGGGGGUCUUCCGCUGGCUGGCCACCGUCUACGCCACCUCCAACCUGGCCAUGGCCAGUGAGGAGCGGCGCCUCUGCCACUACGAUGACUUCAUCCGCUUCGGCAACAUCAUCAAUGGGGCCAACUGGCACACGGUGCCCGGCAGCAUGAACGACUUCAGCUACCUGCACACCAACUGCUUUGAGAUCACGGUGGAGCUCUCCUGCGACAAGUUCCCGCACGCCUCCGAGCUGCCGGUCGAGUGGGAGAACAACCGGGAGUCCCUGCUGCUCUACAUGGAGCAGGUGCACCGUGGGAUUAAGGGGGUGGUUCGGGACAGAGACACGGAGCAGGGCAUUGCCAACGCCAUCAUCUCUGUGGACGGCAUCAAUCAUGACAUCCGGACGGGUCCUGCUCCCCCCUCCUGGGUGUCCCAGACCGAACCUGUUCCCUUCAGCCUGGGGCAGGUGGGAUGA